AGAGGUGUGAAGGGAGCGCGUAGGACUCGCGGAAUCCGCCUUUCUCGCCCAGCGCGGGGCUCGCGUCCUUCUCGUCCGGGGAUGCUUCCGGUCAGCGACUUGUUGCUCAGGCCCCGGGGCGCCGCAUCCUCUCGCGAUUCUGGUGCGCUGAAGGCGGGUUUGGGUGCGUGCGUCCGGGGGGAAGAUAAAAGACUUUUUUGAUUCAUGAAGAAUCUGCUCACUAAGAAGCAUAUAUCAAGCCGCUGGUCAAAUUUCCAUACAAAAGGAAUUAAGCAGAGAAUGCAGAGGAAGGUGGACUCUAGGUCUUUUAGGGAUGGUGCAGUUAAGAAACCUUAUCCUUCAAAGAUACUGGCCAACAAGAAGUCGUCUGCCUUCUCUGGGAUCCAGAGAGAGCUACCUAGUGCUGGUCAUCCAGUGCAGUAUCAUGCCUCACAUGGUUGGACCCGAAGGAAUCAGUUACGAGAAUUGCGCAUCAGAUGCGUGGCCAGAAAGUUCUUAUAUUUGUGGAUUCGAGUAACUUUUGGAAGAGUAUUUCCCUCUAAAGCCAGGUGUUACUAUGAGCAGAGAAUACUACGGAAGGUCUUUGAAGAAUGGAAAGAAGAGUGGUGGGUUUUCCAGCGAGAGUGGAAACUCUGUGUUCGAGCAGACUGCCACUAUAGAUAUUACUUGUACAAUCUGAUGUUCCAGACCUGGAGGACCUAUGUGCAUCAGCGGCAAGAGAUGAGGAACAAGUACAUGAGAGCUGAGAAUCAUGAUGCAAAGCAAAAGAUGCGGCAGGCCUGGAAGUCCUGGAUGAUCUACGUGGUUUUUCGUAGAACCAAACUUCAGAUGCAGACCACUGCCCUGGAGUUUAGGCAGCGGAGUAUUUUAUGGGUGUGGUGGAGCCACUGGAGGCAGCAGCUGGGAUGGGUCCGUGUGGGCCAUGCCCUCCAUGCAUCAGCUGUGAAGCACAGGGCCCUGAGCCUCCAGCUGCAGGCUUGGUCACAGUGGCGAGAACAGCUCCUGUAUGUCCAGAAGGAGAGACAGAAGAUGGUCUCCGCAGUGAAACACCAUCAGCACUGGCAAAAGUGGAAAUCCCUGAAGGCCUGGCUUGGAUACCUGCAGGUCCGCAGAGUGAAGAGACAACAGAAGGACAUGGCUGAGCGAUUCCACCGGGUCACUGUGCUCCAGACACACUUUUGUGAUUGGCAGUGGGCCUGGGAGCGGAAGGAGAGUUUGUAUGCCGUGCACGCACGCGUGGAAGGGCUGGCCAGGAAGAUGGCAAUGCGGCGGGCCUUUACUCAUUGGAAACACUAUGUGCUGCUGUGCACUGAAGAAGCGGCCCAGUGGAAGGCGGCAGAAGAUCACAGCAGACACAGCUUGCUGCACUUCUGUUUUCGAGCCCUAAAAGACAAUGUGACCCACGCCCGUCUCCAGCAAAUAAAAAGGAACCUCGCUCACCAGCAGCAUGACAUAAUGCUGCUGCACAGGUUCUGGAACCUCUGGCAGUCUCGAAUUGAGCAGAGGGAAGAGAGGGAGCAGCUCCCCUCACUGCGUGCUGCCUGGGACCACUGCAGAAUAACGUUGCUAUGCAAGUGUAUCAAAUUGUGGUUACGGUAUACUCAGAAGAGACGAUACAAGCAGCGGCUGCAGUCCAGAGCAGACAGUCACUUCCAGCAGAGAGCCCUGCCUGUGGCCUUUCACGCAUGGAGAAAACUCUGGCGAUGGCACCAGCAGGAAAGUGUCCUCAAUGCAAGAGCAGCACUCUUUCACAGGGAAAUGUUGGAGAGGAAAGUAUUUGCUGUGUGGUGGCAGAAGAUGUUUCAGCAUCGAGAAAACCGCCUGGCAGAGAGAAUGGCCAUCCUUCAUUCAGAGCGGCAGCUUCUGCGAAGGUCCUGGUCCACGUGGCACCAACAGGCAGCAGCUUGUCACCAGGAGCGGCAGCGGCAAGCAGUGGCCUGUGCCCACCACCACCACAGACAGCUCAGGAAGGCUUUCUGCAUCUGGAGGGAGAGUGCCCGAGGGCUGAGAACAGAGAAGAUGGGCCUAAUGCUGGCUGCAGAAUUCCACUCGGUACGGCUCCUCCACUGGGUCUGGAACAGGUGGAGGGAGUGCCUGGCCCUGCGCGAUGCCGAGCAGCGGGAGCUGACGCGCGCCAACCUGCAUCACCGGCACACGUUGCUGCACAGGGCGCUGCAUGCCUGGGGGCAAAGUAAAAACAAGUGCUGCUGGAGGUACCAGCCUUACCGUCCAAGUGGCCUAUUGUCCGGGCACUCUUCUGACCUUGGGACUCUGGGCUCUUGGCCUCUGCCCCCUCUGUGUCCUCUUGGUCUCCCACAGACUUACCAGAGCCAGGUGCAAAGCAUCCUACGGGAGGUGGCGGCCAGGGAGAGCCAGCACAAGAGGCAGCUGCUAUGGAAUGUGUUCCAUCGUUGGAGAGAGAACACCAUGGCCCGUGUGAAUGAAGCAAAGAAAACCUCCCAAGCAAGUGCUCACUAUAGGCGGACCUUGUGUUCCAAGGUCCUGGUCCAGUGGCGGGAGGCUGCAUCAGUGCAGAUAUACUACCGACAGCAGGAGGACUAUGCCAUUAAGGAGGCCCAGAAGGUGCUGGAUAGGGGAUGUCUCAGGACCUGGUUUCAGCGCUGGCGGGACCGAGGCCAGAGGGCAGCCCAGCGGAGAGCCCAGCUCGAGAGGGCAGCUGGGCAUCACCACCGGUGGCUGCUGCUGCAGGCCAUGGCCCAGUGGAAGGUGCACCAUCUGGGCUGUGUCAGGAAGCGGCUCCUGCAGAGGCAGGGUGCCCAGCUCCUGGCCCAGACUCUUAGCCGGACCUACUUCCGCCAAUGGAAACAACAGCUGGCGAACAGGAAGCGAGAGCAGCGGGGCACGGCCCGGGCCUUGUGGUUCUGGUCCUUCUCACUACAGGCAAAGGUGUGGGCCGCGUGGCUGGGCUUGGUACUGGAAAGGAGGAGAAAGAAGGCGCGACUGGAGCGAGCUGUUCAGGCCUACCACCAGCAGCUCCUUCAGGAAGGUGCCACACGCCUCUUACGGUUUGCAGCCAGCAUGCAGGCCUUCCGGCAGCAGCUGCAUGCCCAGCAGCAGGUGCAGGCGGCCCACAGUCUCCACCGUGUGGUCCAUCGCUGUGCCAUGCUGUGGAAACAGAAGGUUCUGGGCCAGGGCAGGGAGCCUCAGCUCCUGACAUCCACCAUGCCCAGCAGGAGAGUGACAUUUGACCAUCCCCUUUCCACCUGUGUUGCUGCUGGGGCUGGGGAUGCCGCCCUGGAGGCCAAGAGGACACAAGAUCCUCAGUCACGGGGAACUCUGGGCAGCUUGGCCCUGGCUGCUGGAGACUCCCACCUUCUAGAGCUCAAUGCUGCCCGCUUGGCAAGAAAGCAGCCUCGACGCCCACAUUUCCUGCUGGAGCCCGUGCAGAGCCAGGGGCCCCUGGGGUGUCGCACCCUUGGGAGACCAGGGCCUGAGGCACCGUGGGAGUGUAACCCAGGUGUGACCCAGCCAGCGGGCCCUUCCCUGAUGACGCCUUGCCUGCCAGAGGCCUGGACAGCACUGGUCCCAGGCAGCCCCCUGCCCCAGCCCAAGACCCUACCAAGUCACCCUGGCCCAAAGUUGCCCCCCACAUUGAAUAUGGGCCCAGAACUGCUGCCCCCUUCCUCCUUCAUGCCAUGUGGGGUGGAAGCACCUGCCAGGGCAUCUACACAGCCCAUCACCCCUGGGCUUGUGCCCCAGGCCUCUCCAUCUGCAGCCAGUGUCCCCCACCCCCACCUGCUGCUUCCUGGGGACUUCACAGGCACUGGGCCCGGGCCAGGCUCUGCAGGCACAGGUGUGUGCCUAAGGCCUGUCCACACUGUGAGCGCUCAGGCCCCUGCCCGGAAUCCCUCCAUCCAGCCGUGGCGUAGCCGGGAGGGUGACCAAGAUCAAGCUUAUUCUCCUGUUACCAUGGGCCACACUGACCUGGAGGCCGAGCUUGAGGGCAUCCAGCAGCAACUGCAGGACUACCAGACCAUGAAGCAGAACCUCUCGUCCUGCCAGCGGCAAGCCAGAAGCCUGCGCCGGUGGCUGGAACUGAGCCAGGAGGAGCCCAGGCCUGAGGACCAUGAAGCAGAGCAGCAGGUGCAGGAAGAACUGCAGGAGGUGAGACCCCAGGCAGCCCUGGGACAGCUCCCUUGGCUGUGCUUUGUCUCAGCUCCGCCUCCCGUCCCCCAGGUGGAGUUGCAGAUCCAGCAGCUGGUCUCUGAGCUCCAGGCCCAACGCCAACCCAUUCGUUCCUGCAUCGCCCGCAUCCAGGCCCUGCGGCGGGCUCUGUGCUAGUCAUUGCCCCAGGGAGGCCUCAGCCCGCCUCCAGGAACAGAACGCAAAGCUGCAAUGAGUUUUAUUUUUUAUUUCAAAAUGUUGCAAUUAAAUGAAUUACUGUUCA